AUGAGCUAUUCUUGCACCAGCCGGGGGAACAGCCAGGACCCGUCGAGCGCCAAGGAGCCUGCAGCUGAUUAUCUCAGGGAGGAGGAGAUGAGGGUGAAGAAGGGAUGCAACUCGACCGACGUGGGGGUCCCGAUGCCCGGGGAGGACCUGCUGGCCAGCGUGGGGGUCAGCCCGGAGGACGUGCUGGGUCUGCAGAGGAUCACACAGAAUUAUCUGUGCAGCCCGGACGAGAACAUUUUCAACAUCGACUUCACCAGGUUCAAGAUCAGAGAUAUAGAGACGAGCACGGUGCUGUUCGAAAUCACCAAACCUCCCACAGGCAAGCCCUCAGAAAAAUCAGGGGAGAAGAGGGACAUCGACCUGAACGCCGGCCGGUUUGUCCGUUACCAGUUCACCCCGGCUUUCCUCCGGCUGCGGCAGGUUGGAGCCACCGUUGAGUUCACAGUCGGAGACUUGCCCAUAGAAAACUUCCGGAUGAUCGAGAGACAUUAUUUCCGAGAGAAGCUGCUCAAGAGCUUCGACUUUGAGUUUGGCUUCUGCAUGCCGAGCAGCAAGAACACCUGCGAACACAUCUAUGAGUUCCCUCCUCUGUCUGAGGACGUCAUGAGAGAGAUGAUCCUGCACCCGUACGAGACGCAGUCCGACAGCUUCUACUUCGUGGACAAUAAGCUGGUGAUGCACAACAAGGCAGACUACUCGUACAACGGUGGGACGUAGAGGCGACACGCCGACGUGAGACAGCUGGACACAGGGACGGUCGUGAGGGAGGAUCAGAGUAAACUGACUGUUGCUCCAAUCGUCUCUCCUGCUCCAUCUCUGUCUCCCUCUGAAAGAAUUCCACAGAGGAAACAUCCAUUCAAAUGUGUCAGUUGAAUUGUGAGUUGAGUUUGUCCGAGGCCUAAAACGACGUCCGCACAAACACACACAUAGUGCACAGCUCGGUGCGACGUGUGUGUUUGUAAUAAAGUGAGAAACAUCAGAUGGUUUUUGCUCUUUAGCCACGUCAUGAAGCAAAAAACUGGAAAAACUCUGUAUCUUGAAAUAUUGAUAGAAAUUAUUUUUUUCAUUGAUGUACAUGUUAGAAACAAGUCAUCCAAAAACGUAUGUUUUUAGGACUUGGAUUCAACGAGUUUGUCUGUGUGUGUGUGUGUGGGUGUUUGUGUGUACUAGCGCUGGGUUGAUUUCUGGUUUUGGUUAUGGAGCUUAACCCUGACGCGACAUUUGUGACCAUGACAGGUUCUGGCAAAUUAAAAAGUAACCUACACCAGCAACCUGUGCAGACAGCCUUUAACCACCGCUAAUCAUGAGAAGUAGGACAACAUAAUAAGUAACACUUGAAUGAUGGAGGGUACACCUCCGACCAAUAAGUACCCUUAAGAAACCACAUUUAGAUUCUCUUGCACCAGAUGUCACACACUCAUAAAUAUCAGAAAGUGAGAAGUAUAAACACUUCCAGGACGUAAAAUACAGCAGUGAGAAGCUCAGUUUUCAUGAUUCAGUCUCAUUUAACAGCUUUUUAACGACUGUUUUAUAGUUAUGUUAAAUAAAAAGAGAGGCCUCCGAUGGAAAACGAACAACAUGUGUGAACGAGGGAAGUGGAAGUGAACAAACUUAUUCUGGAUUCAUCUUUCCAUCUAGUGUCUAUUCUGGUUUUGGCCAUGUUGGAAUCUUUGUGUUCCAAGUAGCCUCUGCUGGAUCAAGUGCGACACCUAAAGGUAAAAGUCGUUAUACCGAGGCCCAACCCUACUGCACAGUGCGUGUGUGUGUGUUUGUUUGUGUAGAAAUAUAUGAAUUUAAAUGUCUGUUGUGUGGUCAUCAGGUCUAAAAAGUUCUAAAUAGAUUUCAAUCUGUUAGCACAUUUUCUUCAGCAGACAGUAGUUAGCUCUUAGUUAAUGUUUCCUUUUUACGUCUGUUCUUUAUUUCUCAUUUCUCAAGUCGCGGGACCUGUGUUGACCGUGUGGGGACCAGCUGUUUGUGUUAACUGUCACUGUUUAAAGCACAGCGACUCUCUGGAGCCGCCGGUGAGGAAACGGUGAACUGAUUUGAGCUUGAACGUUGUCAUCAGUGAACCCGCUGUACUUUUCCAGUCUCAUUUUGCAGCCUCAUCGUCCAAGUUAACAUAACGACUUUCAGGAACUUUACAAGAAAGGAAAAUGUAGCAGAAGACUCUCAGAGAACAAAUCACCCGAGAUAUACAUAUAUAUAUUGUGUGUAUGUAAAGUCUGUCUCUAAUCUAAUUCUUGUUUAAUUUGUCCAUUUUGUCAUUUUAUGUGUUGUUUCUGCCUCUCAUAUGUCAUUUUUGGUUCCUGAAUCGGUCCUGGAACUUUUUUACCAGAGUGUUUUUAUCUGCUGUUAUUUGAUGGCAGUUAUUUAUUAAUCACCUUCACAUCAUAAAGAAAAUCAGUAACUAAACUAACAAACCCAUUGCACCCAUAUUGCAAAUAGCUUACAAAAAAAUAUCUUUGCCCACUAUGCGCCUGCUUGAUUCAUUCAUUGGUUCAAAGUUAAUUGAUUCUAACCAAGGGUUGGAGACACAUUAGCAGCAAAAAGUUGUGAAACAGGCAGCAGGGAACUCAGGUUGGCUCGGGUCCACUUGAAUGUACAGCAGACGUAUUUAUGACCUACUUUGACUUGUGUAAAUAUUUUGAACCGAGUUCAAGUUUUUGACGAAUUAAACGUUGG